UGACGGUGAGCGGUUAAAAGUGGGUGGAGCUAGCCGAGGAACAGGUGGGAGGUGCCCGGUUAGGGCCAGUGCUGAUUGGACAGGCUAGAGAAGGCGGGGUUGAUCACAAAGGAGGCGGGACUACGGUGGGAAAGAACGAUGCUGAUUGGAAGACCUGGGGAGGCCGGGCUGACUCUCGGAGGAGGGGCAUAGAGGAAAGUGGGGGGAGCCAAAUAGAAGGUGGAGGGUGCCCCUGUGAUCUUGAACCUGCUCCUAAGGGCCAAAUAGAGGGGUUGUCCUUGUAUAAGUGGGGAAACUGAGGCCCCCGACAGCUUAGGUCUGUGUGGAUGUCUCUCCAUGCGGGAUAUCGCCACCCCUCAUGGGUAGGGGGGAAAGAGGAAGCCGCAGGGCCCCUUGGGAGUUGAAAGCUUCAGGGUUGCUAUGGUGUCCGGGAUGGGGUGGCUUCCGGAGGCCCCGCCCCCCGCCCCGCCCCCCGCUAUGCGGCCCUCCCCGACUGCGCUGUGGCUGGGUCUGGCCUCGGCUUUGGCCCUGCAGGCUGUGGGGUGGGCCUCAGCCCGGGCCCCUAUCUAUGUCAGCAGCUGGGCCGUGCGGGUGACCAAAGGUUACCAGGAGGCUGAGCGCCUGGCACGUAAAUUUGGCUUCGUCAACCUGGGACAGAUCUUCCCUGACGACCUGUAUUUCCAUCUACGGCACCGGGGUGUGGCCCAGCAGUCCCUGACCCCGCACUGGGGCCACCGUCUGCGCCUGAAGAAAGAGCCCAAGGUACAGUGGUUUGAGCAACAGACUCUGAGGCGGCGGGUGAAGCGCUCCCUGGUGGUGCCCACAGACCCCUGGUUUUCCAAGCAAUGGUACAUGAACAAUGAGAUACAGCCAGAUCUCAAUAUCCUGAAGGUCUGGAACCAGGGACUGACCGGCCGGGGAGUGGUGGUCUCCAUCUUGGAUGACGGCAUUGAGAAGGACCACCCGGACCUCUGGGCUAAUUAUGACCCUCUGGCCAGCUAUGACUUCAAUGACUAUGACCCAGAUCCCCAGCCCCGCUACACACCCAGCGAUGAGAACCGGCAUGGGACCCGCUGCGCAGGGGAGGUGUCUGCCACAGCUAACAACGGCUUCUGUGGCGCUGGUGUGGCCUUCAAUGCCAGGAUUGGAGGCGUGCGCAUGUUGGACGGAACCAUCACGGACAUCGUGGAGGCACAGUCCCUCAGCCUGCAGCCGCAACACAUACACAUCUACAGCGCCAGCUGGGGGCCCGAGGAUGACGGUCGCACGGUGGACGGACCGGGCAUACUCACUCGGGAGGCCUUCAGGCGAGGCGUGACCAAGGGCCGCCAAGGGCUGGGCACACUGUUCAUCUGGGCCUCGGGAAACGGCGGCCUCCACUACGACAACUGCAAUUGUGAUGGCUACACCAACAGCAUCCACACGCUGUCCGUGGGCAGCACCACGCGGCAGGGCCGGGUGCCCUGGUACAGCGAGGCCUGCGCCUCCACCUUCACCACCACCUUCAGCAGCGGGGUGGCCAUCGACCCUCAGAUCGUCACCACGGACCUGCACCACCAGUGCACAGACAAGCACACGGGCACCUCGGCCUCCGCGCCCCUGGCCGCUGGCAUGAUCGCGCUGGCUCUGGAGGCCAACCCGCUCCUGACCUGGAGGGACCUGCAGCACCUGGUGGUCCGCGCGUCCAGGCCGGCGCAGCUGCAGGCGGAGGACUGGAGGAUCAACGGCGUGGGGCGCCAAGUGAGCCACCACUACGGCUACGGGCUGCUGGACGCGGGGCUCCUGGUGGACCUGGCUCGCGUGUGGCUGCCCACGCAGCCGCAGAAGAAAUGUGUCAUUCGGGUGGUGCACACCCCCACCUCCAUCCUGCCCCGGAUGCUGGUGUCGAAGAACGUGUCUGCGUGCUCCUACGGCUCGCACCGCCUCAUCCGCUCGCUGGAGCACGUGCAGGUGCAGCUGUCCCUCUCCUACAGCCGCCGCGGGGACCUGGAGAUCUCCCUCACCAGCCCCAUGGGCACGCGCUCCACGCUUGUGGCCAUCAGACCCUUGGAUAUCAGCGGCCAAGGCUACAACAACUGGAUCUUCAUGUCCACCCACUACUGGGAUGAGGACCCGCAGGGCCUGUGGACCCUGGGCCUGGAGAACAAGGGCUACUACUUUAACACAGGAACUCUGUUCUACUACACGCUGCUGCUGUACGGGACGGGCGAGGACAUGACAGCGCGGCCCCAGGGCCCCCAGAAAGCCAUGUUCCCCCCGCCGGCCUGGCCUGGCUCUGCCUCCUCUCCGGCCGGCAGCGGUGGCUCCACAGCCACACAGAGCAGCCAGUGACCGAGGGACAGGCCAGCUGUCACCCUCCUGUUACACCUGCUGGGGCGGCCUGACCAGCGACUGCACUGCCUGUCCCCUGUCCGUCCCUAGUGCUGGAUGAGCCCCAGGGCUCCUCCAAGGCCUGCCAUCUCCGGCGGCCACCCCGGCUACCAGUCCCGGGCCAUGGCGCUGGCCCAGCUGGCAGAGCCUUCAGGAGACCCCUCUGGGCUUGAGGAAGGCCCACCCACCCCAGGCUAGACGCCCCAAUGCCCGACCGAGACCCUGAAGGCUGGGGAGGCAGAGAUGCCUGACUCAAAGGACGGAAGGGCGGUACCCCAAGGCCCCGCUCCCAGGCUGGAACAGGACCCUGCCCCCAGAAGGCCCUGGCAGAUCAUCGGGCGGCCACUGCGUGGGCCACGGCUGCUCCUGGUGGAAGAGGUGUCUUCUUACUGGUUUUGGAGCAGGACUGGGGUGCAGUGGGCAGAGGUCAGACCACAGCCACCCACCAUCUGUCCCUGCCCUGCCCUGGGUCUGACCUCAUAGUUGGUAAAUAAAAGUUAAAUGGA